AGUGGAGAGGUUCAGAAUAGAGGGAGGCUUAGCUUGGAACUCUUAGGGCUUGAAGAUGUGAUCCCCCAAAAGUUUAGUCGGCGAAUGGGAGAUUGAAGGGUGACGGGAAAGGGGCAGGCGCGCCUGGGAUGCUCUGAUGGGGCGUUCGGCGGCAGGAUUUUAAAUCGCUCUGCUUCAGAUUGUCUGCCCUGGGUGACCUCCUGGACCUGCCCUGGCGGAAUCCGGACUUGCCCCGCCGAGAUGACGAGGAAUAAUUCUGCUACAGGACUGACUUCAAGGACGUGAAUCGUUGACCUCAUGCCAACAUCAGAACCUCAGAUGUUAUUCUAAUUUUCGCAUCAUUCCAGGCAAGUUGACUUUAUAUGGGGUAAAACUGAACCUUAAGGGUCUGAUGGAAUUUCACUGUGACGUUCACAUCAAGACAACUUGCUGAAACCCACAGAGCCUUUCCCCCAUGGGACCUGAUGGUAGCCUCCAGAAGGUGCAGCCUCAGGUGGUCCCCCGUCUUCUGUGGCAAGAAUAAACUUUGGGUCUUGGAUUGCAACACCACUUGUGGAGAAAAUGGUAUGCGAGGGAAAGCGAUCAGCCUCUUGCCCUUGUUUCUUCCUCUUGACCGCCAAGUUCUACUGGAUCCUCACAAUGAUGCAAAGAACUCACAGCCAGGAGUAUGCCCAUUCCAUACGAGUGGAUGGGGACAUCAUUUUGGGGGGUCUCUUCCCUGUACAUGCAAAGGGAGAGAGAGGGGUGCCUUGUGGGGAGUUGAAGAAGGAAAAGGGGAUCCACAGACUUGAGGCCAUGCUUUAUGCAAUCGACCAGAUUAACAAGGACCCUGAUCUCCUCUCCAAUAUUACUCUGGGCGUCCGGAUCCUUGAUACGUGCUCCAGGGACACCUAUGCUUUGGAGCAGUCACUAACCUUCGUGCAGGCAUUAAUAGAAAAAGACGCUUCUGACGUGAAGUGCGCUAAUGGAGAUCCACCCAUUUUCACCAAGCCCGACAAGAUUUCUGGAGUCAUAGGUGCUGCCGCAAGCUCCGUGUCCAUCAUGGUUGCUAACAUUUUAAGACUUUUUAAGAUACCUCAAAUUAGCUAUGCAUCCACAGCCCCAGAGCUGAGUGAUAACACCAGGUAUGACUUCUUCUCUCGGGUGGUCCCGCCUGACUCCUACCAAGCUCAAGCCAUGGUGGACAUUGUGACGGCUCUGGGAUGGAAUUAUGUGUCGACACUGGCUUCUGAGGGGAACUAUGGAGAGAGUGGUGUGGAGGCCUUCACCCAGAUCUCAAGGGAGAUUGGUGGUGUUUGCAUUGCUCAGUCACAGAAAAUUCCACGUGAACCAAGACCUGGAGAAUUUGAAAAAAUUAUCAAACGCCUGCUAGAAACACCUAAUGCUCGAGCAGUGAUUAUGUUUGCCAAUGAGGAUGACAUCAGGAGGAUAUUGGAAGCGGCCAAAAAAUUAAACCAAAGUGGGCAUUUUCUGUGGAUUGGCUCAGAUAGCUGGGGAUCCAAAAUAGCACCUGUUUAUCAGCAGGAGGAGAUCGCAGAAGGGGCUGUGACAAUUUUGCCCAAAAGAGCAUCAAUUGAUGGAUUUGAUCGAUAUUUUAGAAGCCGAACACUUGCCAAUAAUCGAAGAAAUGUGUGGUUUGCAGAAUUUUGGGAGGAGAAUUUUGGAUGCAAGUUAGGAUCCCACGGAAAAAGGAACAGUCAUAUAAAGAAAUGCACAGGACUAGAGCGAAUUGCUCGGGAUUCAUCUUAUGAACAGGAAGGGAAAGUCCAAUUUGUAAUCGAUGCAGUGUAUUCCAUGGCUUAUGCCCUGCACAAUAUGCACAAAGAUCUCUGUCCUGGAUACAUCGGCCUUUGCCCACGGAUGAGCACCAUUGAUGGGAAGGAGCUACUUGGUUAUAUUAGGGCUGUAAAUUUUAACG